AUGGGUAACGACGGUGGCAGUAUCCCCACCCGGCGCGAACUGGUCAAGGAAGCCGCUCGAAAUCCUACCGCGACCGAAUUAAAAGACAAGCAGAAGGAACACCUUGCCCACCGAUGGUCAACAUGCCCAGUGUCGCAUAAACCGUUGGUCAAACCCAUCGUUUCGGAUUACACCGGAGAACUCUACAAUAAAGAUGCCAUAAUCCAAUUUCUCCUGCCCGCUGAGGCAAGUUCGGUCGACAAGGACGAAUACGAGAAAUUCAUUCAAGGACGCAUUAAAUCGCUGAAAGAUGUGGUCGAGGUGCACUUUGAGGAGGAGCACGACGAGAACGCAAAGACGAGCAAAUGGAUUUGCCCUGUGACCUCGAAGGAGUUGGGACCAAAUGUCAAAGCGGUCUACCUCGUUCCAUGCGGUCAUGCAUUCUCGCAAGAGGCCAUCAAUGCGGUGAAGGGCGACGGCAAAUGCGUGCAGUGUGGAGCAACGUAUGAGGAACGAGAUGUCAUUCCCAUCCUUCCAAGCACGGAAAAAGACAAGGCCUUGGUGAUUGAACGAAUGAAUACGCUGAAAUCACUCGGCUUGACACACUCUCUGAAAAAGGCCAGCGGGAGCAAGAAGCGCAAAGCAAACGGUGAAUUGAAACCGGGUUCCGCAGAUGAACCGAGAAAACACGCAAAAGGCAACACUGUUGACGGACACUCCAUAGUCAAGCCGCAUAAUGGUGAUGGAACCGCCAACCCACAAUCUGGAUCAUCCGCUCCCCGGAUGUCAACCGGAAUCAAGGAUGCUGCCACUGCCAGUCUUACUGCUCGAGUCCUUGAGGAGGAGGCAGCAAGGAAAAGACAACGACAACACAAUGACAACAUCAGUUCCUUGUACAGCAAGACUUCCGACAAGUCCAAGGCAAAGAACCGCGAUUUCAUGACGAGAGGAUUUUCAAUUCCCACGGACGCGCGGCACAAGUGA